AUGGCAGUCUGUAGGAGGAAGAAUUUCAGGGAACUCAAGUUUGCUCGUACAUUAAUAUUCACUUUGGAGAAGAUCAAUAACGACACAGACCUUCUUCCUGGAGUCACUCUGGGCUACAACAUUCUCAACACCUGUGGAACUGAAAACCUUAUGAGGGCUACUCUGGAGGCUAUAAAUGGGAUAGAAAAGAAACAGGAAUGUGUCAAAGUGCCAAGAUCUCUAUGCACAGAAAUAUGCCCGCCUGGCAGUCGUAAGGUUGUGAACAAAACAAGACAAAUAUGCUGUUUUGACUGCUUACUGUGUGCUGAUGGGGAAAUUGCUAAUGAAACAGACUGUACGAAGUGUCCAUCAGUAUAUUGGUCUAACAGCAGGAAGGAUGAAUGUGUUUUAAAAUUAAUAGAGUUCUUGUCCUAUGGAGAAACAAUGGGGGUGGUGCUGGUCAUAUUUUCUUGUUUUGGUUUCUUCUUAUCGGUGCUUACAACAGUCGUCUUCUUUGUUUUUCGUAAAACUGCAAUAGUUAGAGCGAACAACUCAGAGCUAAGUUUCCUGCUGCUCUUCUCAUUAAAGUUAUGUUUCCUUUGUUCUCUUACUUUCAUUGGUCGGCCCUCUCACUGGUCCUGUAUGUUGCGUCACACAGCGUUUGGGAUCACCUUUGUUCUCUGCAUCUCCUGUGUUCUAGGGAAAACAAUAGUGGUGUUAAUGGCCUUCAGAGCCACUCUUCCAGGCACUAAUGUCAUGAAGUGGUUUGGGCCUCUGCAACAGAGACUCAGCGUUCUUGGCUUCACCCUCAUACAAGUCCUUAUAUGUGUCCUUUGGUUAACUAUAUCGCCUCCAUUCCCAUAUAAGAAUAUGAACCUUUAUCAGGAAAAGAUUAUUCUAGAGUGUGAGGUUGGAUCAGCAGUAGGUUUCUGGGCCGUAUUGGGUUACAUUGGAAUCCUUGCUGUAUUGUGCUUCAUGCUUGCUUUUCUGGCUCGCAAACUACCUGAUAACUUCAAUGAAGCCAAAUUGAUCACAUUCAGUAUGCUGAUAUUCUGUGCUGUCUGGAUCACCUUCAUACCAGCUUAUGUCAGCUCUCCGGGAAAAUUUACUGUGGCUGUGGAGAUAUUUGCCAUUUUAGCCUCUAGUUUUGGAUUGCUUUCAUGUAUUUUCUUUCCCAAGUGUUAUGUGAUUGUAGCUAAACCUCAACAGAAUUCAAAGAAACAUGUGAUGGGUAAAGUGACAUCUAAGUCGUAUUAA